AUGCGUUACGAAGACACGGAGGGGGAGCCCGACGCGGAGCCGCUGUGCGGCUUCAGCGGCGCGCAGGGCGCCGAGCUGGAGCUGGGCCGCGCCGAGCUGCGGCAGCGCGACGUGGUGCUGAGCGGGCUGCGCGAGUGCCGCGUGCGGCUCCGCGGCAGCGCCAACACGCUGCGCGUGCGGGACUGCCGCGGCUGCACCGUGCUCUGCGGGCCGCUCGCCACCUCGGCGCUCGUGGACGGCUGCAGCGAGUGCGUCCUGGUGCUGGCCUGCCAGCAGCUGCGCGCGCACCGCACGCGCCGCAGCCGCUUCUACGUGCACGUGAGCAGCCGCGCCGUGGUCGAGGACUGCGCCGAGGUGGCCUUCGCGCCCUACUCCUGGAGCUACCCCGGCCUCGAGGAGGACUUCGAGGCCUCCGCGCUGGACAGGAGCACCAACAACUGGAACACGGUGGAUGACUUCAACUGGCUGGUGAGGGACCAGCCGUCGCCCAACUGGGGCCUCAUUCCUGAGCAGGAAAGGAUCACCUGCUGGGACUGACCGAGGAGGCAGCCCUGUGCCUGGCGGGAAGUGCUGCCAGAGCGGGGCCUUCCACGAACAGCAGGACCCUGGGCUCUGCUUCACCGUGAAACAGUUGCUUUUGGUAUUUAAGUUGUGAAUUACAAUGUUUGACUGAAUUCUGUGCUUUAAAGUUACCAGUCAAAUGUCGUUUACUCUUCUGAAGCAAGUUGCUGCUAUAAUCUCCAUAUGCCACUGGGAGACUUGACCACUGCUGUGGUACGUCGUCGCUGACUUUUUCCUGGGGAAAGUGGGGACCUUAGUGCACAGAUGAGAGGAAGCCUCUGCUUAGGGCUAGCUGUGCUCUAAGCAAACACUAAGCAUGAAUGUCUGAAAGUGCUGCAAGCUGAACUGGAAUGGAAAGAUGAAAUAUCAAAAUUUUCCCAUCCACAGGGCGCUUAAAUUUCAGACCCCAAUACACCAUUGAGCUUAAUGUCACAGAGAAUGGGAGAGAGAACCACAACAAAUAAAGACUUUAAAGGUCUCUAAUGAGAACUCAGUGCUCCACUAUCAUACUAGUAAAUGAUUGGUUGGAAUUAACUAACCUGUAGAAUGAAUAGUAAAAGCUCACAGUUAGAA